AGGUCUACAUUGCUUGUUAAGUUAACCCAAACAAACCUUGAUAAGCACUCAAAGAACAAAAAGAGCUUCAAACUCUUAACACCAAACCAACCCCCCUUUACUUCCAAAUUCACAACCACUUCUCAACAAAACAACAUUCUUCUUCUCCCAAUCAACCAUGUCUCUUCAACCUCCACCACAACAACCUGUUCAAGUCUACCCAACCGCAGUCACAAACCAACCAUCUUCUCAUAAUUCAAACGGAAACUAUGGUCCGGUUUUCAUCGUCCUCGCAAUACUACUAGUCAUUUCAGUUAUCGGUUGUUUCCUCGGACGCUUAUGUAACCGACGCAAACAUAAUAGCAACAACAAUAAUCAAGAUCGUCCACGCGACGCUCCCUUGAGACGGCCGGUUAAGCCGAGUAGGCAGCAGCAGAUUCAUGAUUUGCAAUCAAGAGAAGAAGAGGAUGUUGAACUUGGUGGGAUUGAUAAAAGAAGACCUCCGCCGAUAAUUACAAGGCCUAGAGUUGUUGCUUUUGAACCAGAAGGUAGAGGUUUUCAGCCACAUGGAAAUGGUAAUGGUAACGGUAACGUGCGUGAUUUUGACAUGAAAUCUGAUCAUGAAGGUGAUCAUCAGUUUAGAUCAGGUUUAGGACAAUGAUAUGAAUCUAUAUACAAUCUCUAGUAACUUAAUUAUUAUAAGUAAAUAUUUACUUUUUAAUUUUAUUAGAUAAUUAAUAUAUUAUAUAUAAAUUUGAUAUAUUAGUUAUUCAAUAACUUUAAAAGUAUAUUUUUAUUUAUAAUAGUAACUAGAAGUGUCUGCUAAAGAAGUUAUGUAAGAUUAGUCGCUGUAUUUAAAAAUUCCCACUAUAAAUUUAAUUCCUUCGGAUUAUUUUUUUUAUUGUUAUAUUUUUAGUUCUGGAUUUUCAAAUUCAGAUGUAAAUGUAGUUAAAAAUUAUAUACUUCCUCCGUUUUA